AUGCCCCCCCCGCCAGCCAAGAGACAGAGGCAGCAUGUCGAGCUCGCAUUCCUAGGUCCUCGCGGCACGUAUGGCGAGCAAGCAGCUCGAGCGUUUGCUUCACGCUUCCAUACCCCCGUCGACCUCGUCCCCUGCAGUACCAUCGCCGCCAGUAUCAAAGCCGUCUAUGAUUCCCCAUCCCCGCAUAUCGUCCUGCCCCUCGAGAACACCCUGCAAGGAGGCGUCCAAGAAACGCUCGACUGUCUCUUAUCCUCCCUCAACCCCCAAGCCUCGAAACCCGGCGCCAUCGAGCGUCAAAUUAAGCUCACCCUCUCCCUCCCCAUUCGGCACUGCCUCGUCGCUUUGAAAGGCACGCAGUUGUCUGAAAUCACAUAUGUGCGGUCGCACGAACAGGCGCUGGGGCAGUCGGCUCGGUAUUUGGAUGAGAAGCUGCCGAGGGCGAAGAGGGAGAGGUGGUCGAGUACUGCUGGGGCUGCUGUGAGUCUGCUUGAGAGUCCUGAGGAAGGAGAGGGGAAGGGGGCUGCGAUUUGUUCAAAAGCUGUUUUGGGGUUGUACCCUGAUGCGCUUGAGGUGUUGCAUGAAGGGACGCAGUACGGUGAUCGUAAUUACACCCGUUUCCUUCUCCUCUCUCCCCCAUCCAGCCCCCUCCCCAAAAUAAUCCCCAACCCCAGAAUCUUCUCCGACGCAGACAGGAACCACAUCUACGCCAUCCCCUCCGUUAACCUCACCGGUUUCCUCUCUUCCGUCGGCUUGCCUGCCUCAGAAGGCAUGGGCGAAGGCCGGUAUGUCAAGAUGAUCCAUACCCGCCCAGCGGCGGAAGGGUGGACAGCGGGAGAGUUUGAAGAGAGGGAAGAUUUCCCGAGGUGGCAUCUGGUGGAGAUUGAUGGAGAGUUGGCGGAUGAUGACCAGUUGGAUGACGAUGAUUCGGAUGCGGAUGGGGAGGGGGAGGGGGGAGGGUACAAGUUGUUGGGGAUUGUACAGGAUGAGAUAGGUCACAUGGAGUUGAGCAAGUUGUUGUGA